AUGAAGCUCUUAUCAACCGCCGCUACAUUCCUCCUCUGCGUCGCCCCCUUCUCUACCGCCCGGUCUUUGGACUUCUUCAACUCUCAAACUCCCAUCCAAGCAGAAAAUGAGGCUGUGAAAGGCGAUAACCCCCUCGAGUACUGCAAUGAUCCUUCAAGCUAUCUUUUGCAAAUAGAUCAUGUCGACUUAACGCCUAAUCCUCCUUUGCCUGGAAAGACUCUCAUCAUCCAAGCCACGGGUACCCUGAAUGAGAAGAUCGAAGAGGGCGCUUAUGUGAAUCUGGAGGUCAAAUAUGGCUUGAUUACUUUGGUCAGGCAGACGGCCGACCUGUGCGAGCAGAUCGUCAAUGUUGACCUCGAAUGCCCUCUGGAGAAGGGCGAGAUGACCUUGACUAAACAAGUUGAGCUGCCCAGACAGAUCCCUCCGGUACGUGAUUACCUAUGGUACACCACUAUCGAUGUCGAAUUUAACCAGGUCAUGAUCAAUCAACAGGGCAAGUACACUGUGCAUGCCGACGUUUACACCAAAGACGAUAAGCAUGUUACCUGCCUUCAGGCCCGUAACAUCGAGUUCAAGGCUGGCUUUAUGUGAAAGCUGACUCGGCACUUCUGAGUACAUGGCCGCGAUACAUAUUUAGCGCUGUUGACGCUGGAUGUCCUUGCGUUUUAUCGCCCAUAACGAGCUGACGUUACUACUUGCAUAUGUUGUCGUUUUGUUUCUCCACUUGCCACUACUUAAGCCCGCCUUUAUCCUCGAGCCUCACAGUGACAUGCCAAUGUUUACGAAAGCCAUGCCACGCUCUACGAUUGUUGCUAACUUUCCGUUCCGCUACGUCUUCAACGGUGUUUUGGGUCUUGGUUUAGUGCCACAUAUUGUAGUCCAUCCUUAUCAUUGUUAUUAUAAUUCGUGACCUUCUUUCACUGGCAUUACCUAGCAUCUGUACUAAAAUUCAUAUGAAACAUUGAUCCCAUUGACAGCAUAGCCUAUGAAGCGUGCUAGUAAGUAGUCAGGCUUAGUGACCAGCGCAGCGAAAAACCGGUAAAGGUGGGCUCUGUGAACUUAGUGUUGUCA